AUGUGGGUGAUUGGAACAUGCGUGUUGGCAUUGGCCAUCGCAUGGCUCGGUCACUGGGUUUACAGAUGGAGGAACCCUAAAUGCAAUGGGGUUCUUCCUCCCGGUUCUCUCGGGCUUCCUCUCAUUGGCGAGACCCUCCAGUUGAUGGUCCCUGGCGACUCUUUGGACCUCGUUCCUUUCCUCAAGGACAGAAUUCAAAGGUACGGGACGACAUUUCGAACAAGCGUGGCUGGUCGGGCGAUAAUAGUAUCAGCUGAUCCAAAAUUCUGCCAUUUCGUCCUUCAGCAGCAUGGCAAACUGUUCGAGUCAUGGGCCCUAGACACAUUUGCGAAGCUCUUUGCGCAAGAAGGCAAGGCGAGCCUCAAUGUCACAAACGUUCACAAAUAUAUCCGAGGCACGGUCCUAAAGCACUUCGGCAUGGAGGCCCUGAAGGAGAGGCUGCUUCCUUUGAUGGAAGAAGUGUCGCAAGCAACUAUAACGAGCUGGUUAGGCAAAGAAUCGAUCGAUGUGAAACACGCCACGGGAACUAUGGCAAUCGAAUUUAGUGCAAAGCUACUGUUCAGUCAUGAUCCUACACAAUCAUCGAAGAAAUUGGGUGAUUUAUACUCUUCGUUCAUCCAAGGCCUCUUGUCCAUUCCUUUGAAUAUACCGGGUACGAUAUAUCACAAAUGCCUCAAGGAUCGAAGGAAGGCGUUGUCAAUCAUUCGAAGAACCGUGAAAGAUCGCCUUUCCUCCCAUGGGAGACUUCACGAUGACUUCCUUUGCCAUGUCAUGCAAGAUAUGAGUAAAGAGGAAUUCUUGACAGAGGAUUUCCUGGUCCAACUCAUAUUUGGUCUUCUUUUCGUCACUUUCGAUUCUGUUUCGACAACGUUAACUUUGGCUCUAAUGUUCCUUGAAGAGAACCCUAGAGCGUUGCAAGAAAUCACCGUAUGA